UGGGUUGUGAAUUGCAAAAUCCCCUCCUAGUCUCAAAGCAGGGGAAACAUCCACCCUGCACAGACACAGAGCAGAGAUGUGGUCUGGAAAGUGGCUACUGCUUUGGCUGUCAUGGAUGGGGGCUUUGAUAGCCCUGAGCCACCAAGCUCCAAGGUUGCUGAUCAUCUCUCCCAGUGUGGUGACUGUAGGCACAGAGGUCGGAGUUGCACUGCAGGUUGAGGGGGCCCCUUCCGGACUCUCAGGGGUGGUAUAUUUCCGAAAUGAGAAUAAUGGGUUCCUGUGUUCUCGAGAGGUGCCAUUCAACCUUCCAUCUGAUGGCUCUGUAGGAAAAGUGAUGGUGAAGAUGACUCACCAACUCUUUUCCCAAUGUGGCCUGAAUCGCCAACGACGGGACCACUAUGUCCAACUUGUUGCCCGCAGUCAACAGCUGCCCAGCCCCAAUGGCAUCCAGACCCUGAACCUCCGCUGGAGCACCCGUCAAGGGUACCUUUUGGUGCAGACGGACAAGCCCAUCUACACUCCUCGGCAAAAGGUGAAUUUCCGAGUAUUUGCCCUGGAUCACAAACUGCGGCCAAGCGUUGAACCCGUUGUUAUCACCAUUCAGAACUCUCGAGGUCUUCAGGUCCGGAAAACUGAACGCAUGCCAGUAAACUUUGUCAUCAAAGAUCACCUGUCAAUUCCUGACAUCUCUGAGCCUGGCAUCUGGCGUAUCACGGCCCAUUUUAUCCACACUUGGGAUUCGAACUCGACAACAGAGUUUGAGGUGAAAAAAUAUGUGCUCCCCCAUUUUGAGGUGACAAUUGUUCCAGAACGAAAGUACAUCCUGACCUCAGGAGAGCAGGACUCUGAACUACAAAUUGACCUAGAGGCUAAAUUUUUCUAUGGGAAAGGGGUCAGUGGCACAGCUUACGUAAGGUUUGGUGUGAGUGAUGAAAAUGGCGGAAAAAUGUAUAUCACAGGACUGGAGCAACAGGUCCCGGUAACGGAUGGCGUUGCUUCAUUAACCCUAAAACGCAGCCUUCUCUCUGAGAAACUGGGGCGCCCUCUGCAGGAUCUAAUUGGAACAUCCCUCUACAUUGCAGCCACUGUAAUUGAGUCAGCAAGUGGAGAGUUGGAGGAGCAGGAACUCACUUCAGUAAAGUUUGUGUCAUCUCCUUAUUCCGUGGACCUGUCCAAAACGAAGCGCCAUUUUAUUCCUGGUGCCCCCCUUGAAGUGUUGGCGACCAUUUCACUCCCAGAUGGAGCACCGGCUUCCAACCUCCCAGUUCAUUUCUCAACCCAGAUAACUGGAGCCUCAAGUCCAGAUGAUGCCAACGUUGAUCUCAAGAGUGAUGAUCGUGGGGUUGUCAAGCACACAAUCAAUGUUCCUGCCAAAGCAACCUCCCUCUCAGUCACGCUAACAGCUGGGAGGGAAUCUCCAGCAGAAGCCACCAUGACUGCCAAAGCCAUGAAUUCCCCAAGUGGGAACUAUUUGAUCAUUAUAAGCCCAAGUCACCAAGAGCUGAACCCUGGAGACACCUUCACACUUGGACUGAAACAUGUUGGAUCAUCUGCCUUCUCCAAUUUCUAUUAUUUGAUUUUGAACAAAGGGGACAUCAUAUCUGUGAACCAAGUGGCCCGUGUCUCCUAUACUGCAGUCUCCAUUCCUAUCACAUCCAGCCUGAUGCCGGCAUUUCGCCUUGUGGUCUUCUACCGUCUUGGCGAUGAGGUUGUGGCGAACUCCAUCUGGGUGGAUGUUGCUGAUCGCUGUGAGGGGAAGCUGGAAAUCCGCCCAGCAGUACUUAAAAGCGAGUGGCGACCUCAGGACCGCCUGUCACUCACCAUAACCACUGACUCAAGAUCCUCCGUGUCUCUUUCUGCCACUGAUUCUGCUGUUUAUGCCCUCAACCGGAAGAAUCGCCUCACCCAGGGCAAGGUUUUCCAGGCCAUGGGAAGUUAUGACCUCGGCUGCACUGCUGGCAGUGGGGAAAAUACACUUGGUGUUUUUGCAGAUGCUGGACUUGCUAUUCGUGCAGGUAACCUGCAGAAUUCACUCCGGAAAGCACAUGGAUGUAGUGUGGAUGUUUCCCGGAAGAAGCGUUCACUGCCAUUCCAGAUUGAGCUCCAGAAGACAAUUUCCAAGUAUACAGAUCCUAAAGAUCAAGCAUGCUGCCGGGGUGGAAUGGAGCUGCUUCGCCGAGCACGAACGUGCGAGGACCGUGCAAAACGGAUCCAGGGGGAGAAUGCCAGGCAGUGCCGCAAAGUCUUCCUCGACUGCUGCAAGCAUGCCUCCAAGCUACGACGCAAAUCCUGGGGCUCUCACAACCUUGGGCGGAUUCAAGAAGAGGAGGACGAGGAUUUCUUUGACGAUGAAUUUGUUCAAAUCCGAAGUGUCUUCCCUGAGAGCUGGUUCUGGAAAACAUAUAUUGUAGACAAGACACAAACGGAGCAUGUGAUUCUCCCCGAUUCUAUCACCACCUGGGAGAUACAAGCAGUGAGCAUGUCGCCUGAAAAAGGAAUCUGUGUGUCAGAACCACUCCAGAUUACAGUCUUCCAGGAUUUCCACAUCUCUCUGAGGCUUCCAUACUCAGUGAAACGAUUUGAACAGAUAGAGCUUCGCCCAGUUCUCUACAACUACCACUCUCAGCCAGUCAGUGCCUUGGUGUAUCUGGAGCCAGCUGAGGGCAUCUGCUCUCCAGCCACAGUGGGUCCGGAGCGGAAGCAACGGGUGGAAGUCCCUGGCAACUCUGCAGUCCCAGUGCCCUUUGUUUUGGUCCCUAUGGGAGCGAGCGAUAUCCCCAUCACUGUUGUUGCUGUUGGUGGCUGGGGGACAGGAGACAAAGUUUCCAAGAAACUACGGGUUGAGAAAGAGGGAGCUGUCCAAGUGGAAGAAUAUACCAUCUCCUUGGACAACGAAGAGGGUCGGGCCAGAUCUGUGGAAAUUUCCGGUGACAUGCCCUCCAAUGCCAUUCCUGAUGGAGACUUCAAGAUGAGUGUUCGGUUGACAGGAAAAGUGCCAACUGACACCUUGCAAAGUUCUCUCACACCAGACGGCCUGUCAUCUCUGCUGCGGGUUCCACAGGGAUGUGGAGAACAAACAAUGAUCCUGCUAGCCCCUGGAGUCUACGCAAUGCACUACCUGGACCAGACAGAGCAGUGGCUGCACCUGAAACCAGAGAGCAAGGAAAAGGCACUAGAAAACCUCCGCACAGGCUACGAGCGAAUCCUCACCUUCCGUAAGGAGGAUGGUUCUUAUGGAGCUUGGCUGUCUCGUCCCAGCAGUACCUGGCUGACAGCCUUGGUGCUGAAAGUUUUAUCACUGAGCCGUGAGUACCAGGAUAUAGAUGAAGAGAAGCUCCGUGAAACAGCACAGUGGUUAGUGAGAAGACAAGAGUCUGAUGGCUCUUUUCGAGAUCCCAAUCCUGUCUAUCACCGGGAGAUGCAGGGUGGUGUUGGCGGCCUUCAUGGGGGAGUCUCUCUUACAGCAUUCAUCACCAUUGCACUUAAGCAGGCCUUGGCUAUGUAUGAAAGAAAAACUGAGCCUGACCCAGACCAGCAAAGGAUGGAACAUCUGAGCCAAAUGAGAACCAGCCUGGCUCAGGCCACCUCCUUCCUUGCCAAGUCACUGAAUGAUCAAUCGCUGGGCCCUUACCCAAUUGCCAUUUCCAGCUAUGCCCUCGCGCUUGCUUCUGAUGACCAGUCGGCCGUUGCUGCUGCAGACGUCUACCUGAAAGGACUUGCUAGCGAGGAUCAAAACAAAACUGUGAUGUUUUGGGCAGUGGAAGAAAAGGACCGACUGCAAGGAGAGAGAGCUGAAACUUUUCAGCGGGUCCCACCGGCUUCAGCUAUUGCAGUGGAAGCCACAAGCUAUGCCCUUCUCUACCUGGUGAAACAAAAGGAUGUUGAAAGGGCCAGCAAGGUGGCUCGGUGGCUGACGGAGCAGAGGAAUUACGGCGGAGGGUUUAGAUCAACCCAGGAUACUGUAGUGGCACUAGAAGCUUUGUCACGUUAUUGGAUCAGCACUUUCAAUGAUGAAGAGAACGAAUUGAAGGUGACCCUCACCAUCCCUGGUAAAAGCUUGCCAGUAUUAUUUUCAUUUGGAAAGUCCAAUGAUCCAGUUCAGGAAGAACUACAGUUUUCCUUGGGAACCAACAUCCUUGUAAAGGUGGAAGGAAAAGGGAAAGGGACUUUGACUGUCCUCAAGCAAUUUAACAUCUUAAAUAUGCAGAACACUUCAUGCCAAACCCUCGGGUUAGAAGUGACCUUGAGUGGGUCUGUUCGACGUGAACCUGAUGCAUAUGAAUACUACUAUGAAGAUGAAGAUGAGGCGGGAACUGCUGAGCAGCCAUUGCCUGCUGACCAACCAUUAUCAUCCAUUGAGUUGUUUGAUGCCCGCCGCCGACGCAGGAGGGAAGCCAAAGAACCUGGACAGCCACAACGAGAUGUCACCUACAACGUCUGCUUUUGGAGACAACCAGGGGCACAUGUCACUGGCAUGGUCAUCAUUGACAUCACCCUGCUUAGUGGCUUUCAACCUGAUGAGGGUGACCUUCACCAGCUGCGAGAUGUCCCUGAUCGAUACAUCAGCCAUUGGGAGCUUCAAGGACGACGGCUGCUGCUCUAUAUUGACUCGGUGCCAGAAUCAGAACGUGAAUGCUUAGCAUUUAAAGCAAAGCAGGCAGUACCUGUAGGAAAGCUCCAGCCUGCCAGUGCUGCCAUCUAUGACUUUUAUGAACCAGACCAGCGCUGCAACAUCUUCUAUGGUGCUCCCAACAAGCCUCAGUAUGUCUCUGCCUUAUGCUCAGAUGACGUCUGCCAAUGUGCAGAAGGUGCCUGCCCACGCUUGAAGCGUACCGUUGGUGAUGCUAUUACAGAAGACACUCGCAUGGAGUUUGCCUGUUACAGUCCCCGGGUGCAUUAUGCAUUCCGAGCGCGAGUGGAGCGUGAGAGUCAAGAAAGCGCCUUCCGUGUCUAUGAAAUUACAGUCCUGGAGCCCUUGCAAUUCACUGCAGACACUGGGAUCUCCAUCAACGAGAAACGCCGCUUCGUGGUGCGUGCAGCAUGUCGGACACGCUUGGCCACGGGCAGUGAGUACCUCCUCAUGGGCCGUGACGGAGAAACCCGUGACUCUGAAGGCCGUCCCCAGUACCUGCUGGAUAAGGACUCCUGGGUGGAAGAACUACCCCUCUCCAAAGUCUGUGGGGCCACCAGGAAUCGCAAUACUUGUGCCCAGCUCCAGAGCUUCAUCACCUCUUUUGCUGAGAGUGGCUGCCGCGUCUGAGACAGAGAAUUGGACCAGAGUUUCUUUGGCCUUCCCUCAUGUUGAUGGACCAGAAACUCCAGCUCUUUGAAGAAACUAGAGAUUACUCCGAACAUUUACUCUUUUCUCCUUCUGUUCAUUUUCAUUUGAGACUUUGUGGUCAAAGCACACAAAGUUAAAAAGAGCCUUCCUCCAGAAUUGCCCUCAGAAAAGACUGCAACUAAUCCUGCUGUGGUUGUGUUUCUAACCCAUAUGUUUUAACCCCUUUUUGUCUAUUUGCACUAGCAAUGAUGCCUUACCAUCUAUUUGCAGUAUUUGAAACUGCUGUUUUACUCAAUAAAAGUUUUGCUUCCUU